CUCGUGACCUCGUGAUCAAUGACAUGUACCCCUUAACUGAGACUUCCUAGUAUAUAUUUUGUUUCGCUUCAUAUUUCCUUACUUAACACUUCUUUAAACUUAUUAAUUUUAUUGCAAAACGACUUAUUCAAAGAUCAUCAAAAGUUUACGCAAAAUGACGUCGAGAUACAGAGUAGAAUAUGCGUUGAAGACGCACAGAAGAGAUCAAUUCAUAGAAUGGAUCAAAGGGCUAUUAGCCGUUCCCUUCGUCUUGUACUCCCAACCGACGGGAGUCUUUGAGACAAAUGGCUUCAACGUCACACAGAUGUCAGAAGAGGCGCACAGGCGUUAUGCCGAGAUCAUGAGGGACAUCGAAGUAAUGGUCGAUGAUCAAUUAACGCACCAAUUAGACUUCAGCAGAGUUCCGUCUAAGCUCAAACUCCUGGUUCCUACCAUAGGCAACUUCUUCACCCGGCUACCUCUCGAGGCCGCCUUCAAGUUCCAGGACCGCAAGCGGUACAUCUCAUCCCGGCGUUUUGUCUCGCCCUCCUUCAACGAUGUGCGUCUCAUUCUCAACACGGCCCAGCUCAUGGCCGUCACCACCCACGGAAGCUUGCGCCUCGCUACCUUCGAUGGAGAUGUGACACUGUAUGAUGACGGCCAGAGCUUGGAGCCCACGAGCCCGGUGAUCCCGCGCAUGCUCGACCUGAUGCGCAAAAACGUCAAGAUCGGCAUCGUCACAGCGGCCGGCUACACCACCGCGGACCAGUACUAUGCGCGGCUUCACGGACUCCUAGAUGCCAUCGCUAGCUCGACGAUCCUCACUCCCCAGCAACGUCAGAACAUCAUCAUCAUGGGCGGCGAGGCGAACUACCUCUUCGAGUUCAGCCCGACCUCGCCGCACCUACUCUCCCCCGUCCCUCGGGAGCGGUGGUUAACAGCAGAGAUGGCAUCAUGGUCGGACUCUGGGAUUGCGGCGCUCCUAGAUGUCGCCGAGGCCGCCCUGCGCGACUGCAUCAAAAACAUGCACCUACCCGCGACCCUAAUGCGCAAGGACCGCGCCGUCGGUAUUAUCCCCCGAGACCCCGCAGUCCGCAUUCCACGCGAGUCUCUAGAAGAGACCGUGCUAGUCGUCCAAAAGAUCCUCGAGCUCAGCGUCGGCGGGCGCGACUUCGAUAACAAAGUCGUGCCCUUCUGCGCCUUCAACGGCGGGCGCGACGUCUUCGUCGACAUUGGGGACAAGAGCUGGGGUGUGUCCGUAUGCCAGCAAUGGUUCGGGAACGGGAACGGGAGCACCAGCGACGGGGAAGGCGACAGGAUCAGGCCCGAGCAGACGCUACACGUCGGCGACCAGUUCCUGAGCGCCGGGAGCAACGACUUCAAAGCCCGCAGCGUGUCCACCACGGCGUGGAUCGCGAGUCCGGCCGAGACGGUCGAGUUGCUAGACGAGCUUGCGGAUUUCAUGGGGAAGAAACUGAGUUAGAUCGGGUUUAACUAUGUCGCUUCUACUACUUACGAUAAAACGAGCCAAGGAAAUUGUGAAGUUCAAAAAGGGGGGGUCGUGUCUGGGUCCGGAAGGCAUGUUUGGCGUUUGGGAUGAUGCUAUAUGAAUGAACUAAUGUUGGACACUUUGGAUGUGAGGUUACAAAAGUAUGAAGGUACCUAACUUACGCAAUUAUUAAUUACUGCAUAUCAUAGAUGGCCGGUUCUACCAUGGCACAUUUGGCAAUACACAAAAUUCCAGUC